UCUGAUCUGUCGUGUUUGUUUGUUUUUUUAAAUAAAAUGUUCUGACUCAAAAGUCACAAAGUAAGAACAUUUAACUGACCUUACAAAAUAGUAGCACCCCAUAGCAGUAUGGGGUGUUGUACUUUAGGGUCGAACAGGAAUGUUAAUAUUCAGGACGUGCUAAGUAACUUGUCUUUUACUAACAUCCUCGUUAACAGUUACUUUAUAUCAAAAGGCUACAUGCUAUGCAUUCCAUCAUGCAUUACACAUAUCCGAUAAUGCAUCUCGACCAAUUAGCGUGUCACUGUAACUGAGGUGCAUUCAAAUACAACAGGAUACUUGUAUGUAAGAAUAUUAUUUUGUUGGAACCAAUUUGUUAUUUCGUCGGAAUGAAAAGUUAUUUUGUGGGAUUUAAUUAUUAUUAUUUUUACCCAUGUCAGGUCACAGACUCUGUAAUUGAAAGCCCUAACUGUGCUGAAAUUUGUUUUAAUAAACAAAAUAUGUCAAAUCAAAAUUAAUAUGCAUGGAACAUAUGUCCCACAACAAAAAACAUAAUAAAGAAAAACACAGAGGUGAGUGCUGAAGACUAUAACAGACACAGUGUUAUAGUGUGUACAUCCUGGGCUAUACGCUCAUUCACGACAGCAAAGCCCGGUGUGAACGUAGCAUUCAGAUGCAACCAGUUUAUUGCCAGUAUGAGCAACUUAAACUUUCCAUUUGAGUUCUUUUCUUGAUCUUUUUUUUUUUUUAAAUUGGAUGUAAGCAAGAACACUGGCUUAUUAUUUUAAGUUUCCAGUUGUGUUUAAGACACAUGUUUUCUGGUGCUUGCUGUGAAUUAUGGUAUUCAAAGCACCCUAUACUGUAAAUCCCCUUUUUAGUUUUUUACAACUAAUGUCACUUCCUUUCCUUGUUUUGAACGUGAUUGGUUUAACUUGCGAUGACUCACAUGACCAAUGAAAUUACACAUCCACACAGCUUUUAAUGUGCGGUUCGUUUUCCUGUUGAAGGCGACAUUGGCAAUUUAUUACAAAGCACAGUCUUCAUAGGGUCAGGAUGGAAAAUCGGCCGCUAGUUUUUAAGACUUCUUGUUUACUGCAUGUUUUUGUGGGCAGCGUCUUUGUUACUGGGUUAGUAGGCUGUUCCAAUUCUAUAAAGGAACUACAAACACUGAUUAUCAGAGAAACGGCAGAGACGAGACAAGAGGUCAUACAUUUCAGAGUGGCAGGGGUUGGGGUUGAUUCUGAUGCAUCUCAGUGUGUGACAUUAGGAGACAGUCAUCCUGUGGUUUUGCAGUCAGAAGGAGAUGUUAUCGUUGGAGGGCUUUUCCCUUUGCAUUAUGAGGCUUCUGAGCCAGAGCACACCUACCACAGCAAACCCCCAACCACACCUUGCACAGGGUUUGAUCAGAGAGCCUUCCGGUGGCUGAUGACUAUGGUGUUUGCUGUGGAAGAAAUCAACCACAGCUCAGUCUUGUUGCCAGGUGUGACACUUGGCUACCGGAUCACAGACAGCUGUGAUAACGUCCACAACAGCCUGAGAGCCCUUUUCCCUUUAAUCAGUUCAUCCAUUCCUUUGACAAAUCAGCUAAGAAAAAGAGAAGCCACUGAAAAUACUUCAACAAUUUUUUUUGAGCGUGUACAGUCUGUUGAAGUCACCACUGCAAAAGCAGGGAAUGUGACAACAUAUAGCAAAGAACAGGAGUUUAGAACAACAUGGUCUGAAACCAAUGCAUGUCUGUCUGGUUCCCCUGUUUCUGCUGUGAUCGGUCUUGCUUCCUCCUCUCCAACAAGAGCUGUAGCUCAAGCUCUUGGCCCUUUCAGCAUUCCACUGGUGAGUUAUUUUGCCACUUGUACCUGUCUCACUGACAAGCGCAUGUACCCGUCAUUUCUGCGAACCGUGCCGAGUGACAUCUUUCAAGUCAGGGGUCUCGUGCAACUCGUCACAUUCUUAGGCUGGCGUUGGGUGGGCACAAUAGGAACCACGGAUGACUACAGUCAGUAUGGGAUCCAAUCAUUUUCUGCUCAGUUUCAAAAACAAGGGGGUUGUGUGGCAUUUCACCUCACCAUUCCAAAAUCUCCCACUUUGGCUGAAAUACAAGAAAUGGCAGACAGAGUGCAGAGAUCAGCUGCUCGGGUUGUGGUGGUUUUUGCCACAGAGGGACAACUCCUGGAUCUGUAUUUUGAACUUGUUCAGAGAAACGUUACACAUCUGCAGUGGGUUGCCAGCGAAGCGUGGGUCACCGCUGCCCUUCUGACACUACCGCACUUCCACUCUCUUCUAGAAGGAACAUUGGGCUUCUCUUUCCCUGGUGUCAACAUCCCCAGUUUAGAAAAUUUCCUUCUGAACAUUCACCCCUCUGCUGAACCAGGAAUGGAAUUUAUCAACAUGUUCUGGGAAGAUCAGUUUGGUUGUAAACUUCACUUUGAAGAAGAUGGAUCCAUAAAAAAUGUAGGAGAUGUCAACUUAAGGGGUUUAAAUGCAUUUGGUUCUAAUCCAGAAAUCCAAAAUGCUUCUUCUGCGGAACAGGAAAGCUUUUUUAACAGGGACAGCUUUGCAGAAACACCGUUUUGUACAGGUUUUGAGAAUCUGAGUCUCACUGGGAGCAGUUAUACUGAUGUAUCCCGAGUCAGAAUAUCCUAUAACGUGUACAAAGCAGUAUACGCCAUUGCCCACGCUUUACAUGCUUUACUGAACUGUGAUUCUGCAGAACAAAACGAGAAAAGCUGCGAUAAACACAAACAAUUUACCUCUGAGCAGUUGCUGUCUCAUCUGAAGUUAGUGAAUUUCACUAACAAAUUUGGGGAGAAAGUAUGCUUUGACUCCAAUGGAGAGCCUGUUCCUCUUUAUGACAUAAUUAACUGGCAGAAGGACAAACAUGGCAAAAUGAGAUUUGUUACAGUGGGAAGUUAUGAUGGCUCAGUUCCACUGGGACGACAGCUGCAAUUAAACCAGAGCAACAUUAUAUGGACAGAAGGACAUACAGAGGUGCCCGUGUCUUUGUGCAGUGAACCAUGCCCCCCAGGCAACAGGCAGGCUAGGCGUAAAGGCGAGCCCCAAUGUUGCUUCGAUUGUUUUCCCUGUGCAGAUGGAGAGAUCAGUAAUGAGACAGGUUCCGCUGAGUGCAUAAAAUGUCCCGAGUCCUACUGGUCAGAUGAGAAAAAGGUGAAGUGUGUUGCAGGGAUUGAAGAGUUCCUGUCUUUCAAGGACUCCAUGGGUAUCAUCUUAGUGGCCCUCACUCUGUUGGGUGUCGUUCUGACAGCAGUCAUCAUCGUCAUCUUUCACCGUUUCCGUACAACUCCAAUUGUCAAGGCUAAUAACUCAGAGAUAAGUUUCUUGCUUUUGCUGUCACUCAAGCUCUGUUUCCUGUGUUCCCUGGUGUUCAUCGGCCAGCCAUCUGUGUGGACAUGCAGGAUCCGCCAAACAGCCUUUGGGAUCAGCUUUGUCAUUUGUCUGUCUUGCCUCCUUGUUAAGACUAUUGUGGUCCUCCUGGCUUUUCAGACUAAACUGCCUGGCUCUAGAGCUUUGAAGCUGUUUGGUCCUUCUCAGCAAAGAAUCAUGAUUGUCUUCACUACAGCUCCUCAGGUUUGUCUCUGUGCUGGCUGGUUGUUGUGGGCACCCCCUUUCCCAUUUAGGAACUCAGCUUAUCAAGCUUCAACUAGAAAAAUUGUUGUCGAGUGUAAAGAGCCAUGGCCUCCUGGAUUCUGCUUGGUCCUUGGUUACAUCGGCUUGAUUGCCUCAGUUUGUCUCCUGUUAGCGUUUCUUGGUCGAAAGCUACCAGAUACCUUCAACGAGGCAAGACUCAUCACCUUCAGCAUGCUGAUUUUCUCAGCAGUGUGGAUUUCUUUCAUUCCAGCUUAUAUCAGCUCUCCAGGGAAAUUUUCUGUGGUCGUGGAAAUAUUUGCAAUUUUAGCCUCCAGUUUUGGUCUGUUACUGUGCAUUUUUGGGCCUAAAUGUUACAUCAUUUUGCUACACCCAGAGAGAAACAUUAAAAAAUGUGUUCGUAGCAAAAACUCUAGAUGAUAUCAGCUCUGCUCUUUCAAU